UCUCACACCUUAGUUUAUAUCUCCUGACCUUUCAGCCACGAGGUCAUUGACCCCAGCAGCUGCUCUGUACCAUGGUUCAGCAGUCACCACGGAGGAGUCACAGGGCGAACUAGAGCGUAAACACACAACUGCCCGUAGUGACACCUCACAAACAGAGCCCGCUGGUGUUCUCACAUUGGGUGAGCAAGGUAGGCCUCUGUACAGUCUGAAUAUAAAUACUGUGUUUCAUCAAGUAGGAUCAGGGAAUUAUAAUUGCAUGUGUUAUUCCUAUUGAAGUUAAGGUUCCACUGUUUAAAUUUCAUUUUACCUUUUGAAGUUUCUCCUGAAUAUGUCAGUAGUUCUUGGUAUUGGUAUUUUUAAUGAAUCGUAUUUCCCCUGGCUAUGCUAGACUUAAGGGCUGAGUCACAGCAACAUUGAGGAGAAGUAACAGUGGUCUGACCUUUAGGGCCUACAGCAGGAAACAGGGUCCUGAGUUACUCCAGGACCGUCCGUUUGCAGACUAGGGCAGCAGUAGAUAACCCCGGCAUUUGCAAAUCCCGGCAAGCAAAACACCAUCCAAGCAAAAUCUUUUGUCCCUCCCAUGGCCUGUCUCCAAAAGCCAAACCUCAGAAUCAGCAGAGGCAAAUAUAAGGGAAACUGCCCAUGAAGCACAAUCAAUAACCCCUCCAUUGUGGGGCUUUUGUUAUGUUAGCCUCGCGAUGCUACCGCACAGUCUAUGGGCUGUAUAUAUUAGGCUAUCCACAUUUUUCGCGCUUACACUGUGUCAGUUCUGGGCUAGUUUGGACUCUGUACGGUGGAAAAUGUCGCAGUACUCAGGAAAGAUAGUUUUUUAUGAGGGGAGGUGCUUCACAGGGAGGAAGCUGGAGGUCUUUGGCGACUGCGAUAACUUCCAGGACCGGGGCUUCAUGAACCGCGUCAAUUCCAUCCGCGUGGAGAGCGGGGCCUGGAUCUGCUACGAUCACCCCGACUUCAGGGGCCAGCAGUACAUCCUGGAGCGGGGGGAGUACCCCGAGUUCCAGCGCUGGAACGGACACAACGACCACAUGGGCUCCUGCAGACCCAUCAGGAUGCACGGUGAGCACUACAGAAUGGAGAUGUUUGAAGGCGCUAACUUCAGCGGACAGUGCAUGGAGCUGUGCGAUGACUGCCCCUUCCUACAGAGCCGUGGCUUCAGCAAGAACUGCAUCAACUCUCUCAAAGUCUACGGUGACGGAGCCUGGGUUAUGUACGAGGAGCCCAACUUCCGCGGACGCAUGUACAUUGUGGAGAGAGGAAACUACAGCUGCCACACGGAAUGGCAGGGACACAAUGCCAACAUCCAGAACGCUACUAUCCAGUCCAUCCGUCGGGUGGUUAACUACUUCUAA